UCCCUGGACCAAAAAUCCAUCCUCCAAAAAACUCACCGCGGCCGACGUGGCGCCGAGCGCCUUCCGCCUUCCGUGCCGCACCCUCCUGCUGCGCCUUUGACCCGGCCAUCCGUUCUCUCUAGCCCCACUGCGAGGUGGCCCCACCUGUCAUCGAGGCAGCCUAUUAAUACACACCUCCCCUCCCCCGCGUCCGAGUCCCAGUCGCAUAUCCCGCCGCGUACUGGGACCAAGGGGAACGUGGGCCCCACCUGUCAGGUGGGCCGUAUAUAACGACCGCCUCCUCACCCCGGCCUCUCGCCACCCCAGAAGCCAAUCCGCGCGAGGCCUCGCCGUGAUCUCAAUUCUCCCCCAAAUUCGCAAAUCCUCCGCGUUUCGUCGUCGCCGUUGCCGUCGCCGCCGAGCAGGGCGGAUUCAAGGGGAAGCUCCGGUGAGAUCCAUCCGCGAAGCGCGUUCCCUCGCGGAACCCUCGCUCGCCGGGCCGGCCGAUCUGGUUUGUGCGGGGGUGGUUGUGGUUGUGGUUGUGGUUGUUGUUUGGUCGCCGGAAUCCGACGAGUUGGAGAUCUCCGAGGGAUAGGAAUCCGUAGCGUUGCGAGCGCCAGGCGAGGUUACGAUGCCUGCGGUGCUCGCCGCGUUCGCCAGCCUCCGCGCGGCCGCCGCCAUCGCCUCCGCGGACUCCUCCCCCUGCUCCCAUCUCCUGAAGCCCCCCUCCUCCCCGUGUUUUAGUAGUAGUAGUAAUAUUUUUAGUAGUAGUAAUUAUCUUUAACGAUUGCUUCCCCAUCGUCGCGCGCUCACGCCCCUCGGUCCUCACUUCGCGCCGUUCGCGUUCUCGUGUUCGAUUUGGUUGUGCUCGAUCCGAUCUCUCCCUUUCCUGCUUCCGAUCAGAAGCAGUCGGCCUUGUUGGAGGUGGUGAUUGCUGGUUCUUCGAGGAAAGAGAAAAUCAUCUCCUGAAUUUGGAAUUAAGCUUGUGGAUGGGCGGAUCUUUGGUGGACUCUAGCGCCGAAGGUGUUAGCAGCAGCUUAUGUCUCUGCCACAGCACCUCUGAAAAGGCAGGCUUUGAGCAUAGCUCAUGUGCUAGCUCUGGAGAUGGAAAUUGUGAAGCUGGAAUAGAUUUUGGGCAAGAUGAUUUGGUUGUCAAUGAAAUUGGAAUGGCUAUUGCUGAAGUGAUGCAUGUCUGCAGUGAUCAUGAUGAUGAUGAAGGGACAGAUUCGGGUGAAGACUUUGAUGAAAAUGAGGGUCUACUUUCUCUGGAAUCAGAUUCCACUGAUGAUGUAGUGGAUAUUGAUAAUGAAUUGGUCAUAUCGCCUACCUUUUCUAGUUGCAAUGCAUCUGAAUCAUCAAUCAACAAAUCAGACUCUGGAAAUUCUUCCAUUAAUGGCACUCCACCGUUGGUUUCUGCAAUGAAAGGAAGCCGUGCAAAGUUGGGAAUCGUCACAAGUUUGAGUGUUUCAUGGGCCCCUGAUGUAUAUGAUCCUCCUGUUACUUCUGGGUCUCACACUGUGAAGGGGCAUCAAAGAAGUUCAAGGAAGAGCCACUACAAAUACAAGCCGGCCAAGAGCAGUAGCAGCCGCAGCAGCAGUGGAAGCAAAAAGGACAGGAAGCAUUCUCGCCACAGUAGCAGCAGCAGCAGCAGCAGUAACCACAAAAGAGACAGGAAACCUUCCUACCGCAACACCGUUGGUGGUGUAAGCGUCGGCAGCAGCAGCAGCAGCAGAAAUACUGAUGCUAGUGCUGCUCAAUAUCGUGAUCUGUACAGCAGCAGUGGCGGCAACAGAAUCGACAUUGCUGUUCCUCAAUACAGCAAGCUAUCUCCGUUGGUGCCGUCUGAGAGUGCAACAUAUCGUAAUGUGUACAACAGCACUAGCGGCAGCAGAACUGACCCUACCGUUCCUCAUUGUAGCAAGCUAUCUCCGCUGGUGACAUCUGAGAGUGCAUCACUUGCAGGGACCGUUCCUGUGCUGAAGACAUUGGAGCCGAUCAAACGCAGCUCCAGCUGCUGCAAGGAGCAGCCUUUGAGCUUUCUGUCACGCCAGUUUGUGGCUGCAAAGUACAAGGGGAUGUUCUCACUAUGGAGUCACAACCAGCUAGCUUCUUAAUCAUCUGUUGAUACAUCCAACUCGUAAGCUGUUGGUUAUCAACAAAAUGCAAAACUUUUACCGCUUAUGCCUUUAUUAUUUUGAUUUGUGACCACGUGUCUUGUUCUUUGUUACACUGUUUGCUCCGUUUGUUGAACAUCCGAAGAGAUGUUAUCGAAAGUUGUCGCUCGAAGUAUGUAUGCAUACUCGAGCUCAUUAUCUUCCCUUAUUUAUUUGUUCAAUCGGCACGGUUCUGUUUGAGGCUUUGAACAUCAUUUCAUCGGUUCAAUUCUGUCCAGUUUAUUUC